AUGGUUUUAAAAGGUGUGCUUUAUCGUCGAUUGUUGGAGGCAGACGGAAAGGUGAUAGUGGGACGCCCACUGCGGCAGUACACGGGUAUCUCUCUCACACAGUGCGGUGUCAAGUGUUUGAACUAUUACCUUUGCUCUUCAUUCUUCAUCAACAAAGAAAUCAUGCACUGCAAACUUGCAGGAGAGGUCAGUCUUAGAGAAAUGGUCAGCUUACCGGGUUACAGAUAUUAUGUUUCUGAAGAUUGUAAACGAUCUGUGCUUGGAUGGGAGUACAAGGGAACACGAGACAGAACAGUGUCUGGAACCCUGUGUCAGCGAUGGGACCGACAGUACCCACAUGAACACGAUUACCACAGCCUCUCUAGUGAACAGAAUUACUGCAGAAACCCAGCUAAAGCGUACGCAAAAGGACCAUGGUGUUAUACAUCAGAAGCUAAACAGAAAUGGAAUUAUUGUUUCGUUCCAAAAUGCGUGACUAAAGCUCGUGAGUGCCGAACAACAAAGAAAGGAGAGAACUACUUUGGUACAGUGAACAAGACUGCUAGUGGCAUUGAGUGCCAGAGAUGGGGCGAUAAUUUCCCAAGGACCCACAAUUACACCAUUCUCAAGGCAGAGGAAAGCUACUGCAGAAAUCCUUUUGGGGAAAAGGCUGCCCCUUGGUGUUAUACAGUGCUAGGGCGAAAUGAAUCUGAACUAUGCGAUAUUCCUGAAUGUUAACACUUAGUACUAGGCAUUUCUUAGUAUCAAAUCAUACGGAGUAAAGGAAAGACUAAUCAAUUGUGUGGAAUUUUGUGCUGACCAAAAAUACAUCUAGUAAUUUUUGCAGUUUUCACUCUUAGUUUUCUGAGAUGUAACAAGAUUAUGUAAACAUGUUUAGUCUAUAUGAUAAAUAAUAAAAUGUAAUUGGGAUAAA